AUGGAGUUUAAACGCCGCCAUCAUCAUCAACAGCAACAACUUAAUCUUGAGCUUCUUCUUGAACCUUCUUCUUCUUCUUCUAACUCUUCUUCAUCUGCUCCUAUUAGUCCAAAUUUUGAGGCAGUUGUUGGUGCUAGAGUUUUCUCAUGCAAUUAUUGCAAGAGGAAAUUUUAUAGCUCUCAAGCUUUGGGAGGUCACCAAAAUGCUCAUAAACUGGAGAGAACUUUGGCCAAGAAAAGCAGAGAACUUAGAGGUUACAGAUCAGGAGAUGAUCAUCAUGAACAUCAUCAUAAUAGUAAUAAUAAUAGUAUGAUGAUGAUGAUGAAUAAUUAUUCAAGCCAUAAUUUAUGGAAUGUUGAGACAAUUACAUCAUCAACAACAGCAACAACAAUAGCUGAUGAUCAUCAUCAAUUACUCAAUGGAAGACGUGGUAUUAUUCCAGCUGAUGAUGAUCAUGAUAUUGGCCAUCUUGAUUUGUCUUUAAGGCUCUGA